UAUUCAUACCCUGCAUCACUUCCCCUUCAUCAUUUCCCUUCUCCUAGGUCAUCUCUCUCUCUCUCUCUCUCCGCGGCCUAACUCAAUGAAAAUGCCACGCCCCACAACCCCAAUAACCCCACUCCACCUCCGCACCUUCUUCCUCCGCCACUUCUCCACCACCCCCCCUCAGACCCCACCCCACCACUCACUCCAACCCCACCACCAAAAACCCCUCUUUUCUCUCUCUAAACCCCUCUUUCUCUCUCCAAACCCUCUCCCCAAAAACCCCUUUUCACUAAUCUCUCUUAAACCCUUCUCCACUUCUCCCCCAAAUCAAGAAAAUGAAGAAACCCAAUUACCCCAUUCUCUCUCAAAUGAGCUUAACAAAGAGCCCCCAUCGUCUUCCGAGUCCUCGAUUUCGCUCCCUCAACGUCUCGAUUUGAGCUACUCACAUGUUAAGUUGACCCCUUCAUUGAUUCUUGCCACACUCGAUCUUUCCCCCAAAGCAGGCAGGUCCAUUCUUGGAUUCUUGAAAUGGGUCUCAUCAAGAUCAGAUUUUGUUGUUACCGAUGAAAUUAUAUCGUAUUUUGUUAGUUACUUUGGACGUCGUAAGGAUUUUAAGGCAGUUAAUGAGGUUCUUGAAAGUAAUAAAGGUGUGGUAGGGGAUAAGACAUUGGGAGCUUGUGUUGAUCGGUUGGUUCGAGCGGGGAGGCCUGCUAAGGUAGUUUCUUUUUUUGAUACUAUGGAGAAAGAUUAUGGCUUUGUUAGGAAUCUUGAUUCUUUGAAAUUAGUUGUGGGGAAAUUGUGUGAGCAUGGUUUUGCUAGUUAUGCUGAGAAAUUGGUUAAAAGUUUGGCUAAUGAGUUUUUUCCCGAUGAACAUGUUUGUGAUUUGCUUGUUAAAGGGUGGUGUGUUGAUAAGAAAUUAGAUGAGGCUAAGAGGUUAGUUGGGGAGAUGAAUAGGGGAGGGUUUGAGAUUGGCGCUGUUGCGUAUAAUGCAAUGUUGGAUUGUGUGUGUAAGCUUUGUAGGGAAAAGGAUCCAUUUCGGCUUCAAUCUGAGGCUGAGAAUGUGUUAGUUGAAAUGGAUGUGGCAGGUGUUCCACGGAAUGUGGAAACAUUUAAUGUGUUGAUUAGCAACUUGUGUAAGAUUAGAAAGACUGAGGAUGCAGUGAGUUUGUUUCAUAGAAUGGGUGAGUGGGGAUGUAGUCCGAAUGAGACAACGUUUCUUGUUUUAAUUAAAAGUUUGUAUCAGGCUGCUAGGGUUGGAGAGGGGGACGAGAUGAUUGAUAGAAUGAAAUCUGCUGGGUUUGGAGAUGCUCUUACUAAGAAGGCUUACUAUGAGUUUCUGACAAUUUUGUGUGGAAUAGAGAGAAUUGAUCAUUCCAUGAGUGUGUUUGCUAAGAUGAAGAAAGAUGGUUGCAAACCUGGGACUAAGACGUAUGAUCUGUUGAUAAAGAAGUUACGUGCUCAUGGGAAAUCUGAUAAGGCGAAUGAUCUGUUUAAGGAAGCCGAGGGUAAUGGAAUUCUGGCUAUACCGCCUAGCAAUUACAAGGUGGACCCAAGAUUUGCAAAGAAACCCACUGUCACAAAGAAAGAGAAGAAGCGCGAGACGCUGCCUGAAAAGAUGGCAAGGAAGAGGAGAACUCUUAAAAAGAUCCGUCUGAGUUUUGUGAAGAAGCCAAAAAAGACAUCAACCAGAGCCUACUAGUCAGUGGCAUUGUCUUGUGUAUUAGUGUCGUUUCUAGUGCUUUGCCCGAAUUAAAUCUGUUCAUCAAACUAUGCCCAUUUUUCUAUUGUUUUCUUUGUGAGGUUGUGGCUGGCAACAGGAGGAAUAAUUCUUAAAAGUAGGACUUGUGCUGCAACCUUGUUUUUAUAGAAGUCAAAGUUAAUGUCUUUGAGAAGUAAACCGGCUGCACUUAGUAUCUGUAUUUUUCAAAUACUAUAAUUUAUUUUGCAUUACGCUUCCCUGUUU